UCGGAAAAUCGGAAAAUCACUGUACUUAGUACAGUAACUUUCCGACCUCCUUUAGUAGUAUGUAUAAUGUAUAAUGUCCGAGUCCGAGGUCUCCCAGUUGAGAUCUGUUUGUGAACUUCUCUACCCACGUUCGUUAUAUUGUUAUCUUUCUCCUACGUAAUCGACUUUAGUUUCGUCGAAAAAGCUUUCUGGAAUUUAACUGGUGCAGAAUGGGAAGUAUAUAUGGAGAAUACACCUAUGAGAGCCUGGAGAGGGAACCAUACUGGCCUUCCGGAAAGCUUCGAAUUUCCAUAACCGGAGCUGGCGGUUUCAUUGCCUCACACAUCGCGAGGCGAUUGAAGAGUGAGGGCCAUUACAUUAUUGCUUCCGACUGGAAGAAAAAUGAGCACAUGACAGAGGACAUGUUCUGCCAUGAGUUCCAUCUAGUUGAUCUUAGAGUGAUGGAGAACUGUUUGAAGGUCACUAAUGGAGUUGACCAUGUGUUCAACCUUGCCGCAGACAUGGGUGGCAUGGGUUUUAUUCAGUCCAACCAUUCGGUCAUCAUGUACAACAACACAAUGAUCAGCUUUAAUGUUCUUGAGGCUGCAAGAAUCAAUGGAGUUAAAAGGCUUUUUUAUGCCUCUAGUGCCUGCAUAUAUCCUGAAUUUAAACAGUUGGAUACGAAUGUGAGCUUGAAGGAGUCUGAUGCUUGGCCUGCAGAGCCUCAAGAUGCUUAUGGCUUAGAGAAGCUCAUGAGUGAAGAAAUAUGCAAGCACUAUAACAAGGACUUUGGUAUCGAAUGUCGUAUUGGACGGUUUCACAACAUUUAUGGACCUUUUGGAACAUGGAAAGGUGGGAGAGAGAAGGCUCCGGCUGCUUUCGGUAGAAAAGCCAUUACUUCCACUGAUAGGUUUGAGAUGUGGGGCGAUGCACUACAAACUCGGUCUUUCACCUUCAUUGACGAAUGUGUGGAAGGUGUCCUAAGAUUGACAAAGUCAGACUUCCGAGAGCCAGUAAACAUCGGAAGCGAUGAGAUGGUUAGCAUGAACGAAAUGGCCAAGAUAGUCCUGAGCUUUGAGAACAAGAACCUCCCCAUCCAUCACAUUCCAGGGCCCGAGGGUGUCCGCGGUCGAAACUCGGACAACACCCUUAUCAAGGAAAAGCUUGGCUGGUCUCCUACUAUGAAGUUGAAGGAUGGGCUGAGAAUCACGUACUUUUGGAUAAAGGAACAGAUUGAGAAAGAGAAAGCUCAAGGCGUUGAUUUGUCAGUUUAUGGGUCCUCCAAAGUUGUGGGGACACAAGCACCUGUUCAACUGGGUUCUCUACGUGCUGCUGAUGGCAAAGAAUGAAGCUGGUUUUGCCAAAUUUGUGUCAAGUUUACAAGUCAUUCUGAGCAAAGCUCACUAAAAUUACGCGGCAGUGGAAUAUUGGGUUUGGCUGGUUUCUCAUUUGUAUGUGAUUUUCUGUUUGUUCUUGUGUUCAUGAGAAAAGGGUAUUUUUCUGUUUUGCAUAUAUUUGAAGAAAUCGGUUCAAAAAUUAUUUUAUCAAAUUCAGCCCGGGAAAUAUAUAGUC